CUGUUGGAGGGCCGAUGUAUACGUCCCAAACGUCAUAUGUCGUGGACACCGCCUCAUUGAAAUUACGUUCAGAAUUUCCGCUGGGGUUUGUCUCGUCCCCAACAUCCACCCUUUACACUGGGAUUUCCACCGACAUAGUUGGGACAACGACGACUUCAAUUGAGCCGAUUGGUUUAAGCUUAAUGUCAAUUGACGUGCUUUUGGAUCAAAGUAACUUUGGUGUAGACGCAAACGAGCUCUCUUACUUAGACGCUUGUCCAAGCAUAAAUUCCCAGAUGCUAGAACAGCGACGGCAAAAUUUAGUCCAAGCGUUAACGAAUUACGGAAUUAUGAAGAAUGCAUCUCAGCCUGUAGACGAGAAGUUCGCAAUCCCAGUCGUCUGGCCUCAAGGAACGUUCGCCUUAAUGAAGCCUCGGACCGGUUGUCCCACCUCCGCUAGUCGCUGGCUGGAAGGUUGGCUUAAGCAGACUCCAGAAAGACAGUCGCCAAAUAACGAGUGGAACGCAACGCAUCUUGAUGGGUCUUUAACGAAAACAGAAUACAACUUCCAUUUUUGCGUAAAGCCAGACGCUUCGGACGAAUUUUCACUUGCUUGGCCACAAGGAGACUAUUGUGUGCUAAAACAUGGAAACUGCCCGACUGAUUUCACAGAAGGUUAUGUUCAAUUUGACGAUGAUGACACAGACAAUGGUAAUGCUCACGGCGGAGUUAUGCCUGACGGGACGUAUGGCAGCGAUACACGGCUCAACUUUUGUUGUCUGACGGCAGGUCAUACAACGCCAUCACCCUGCCGACUGAUAAGCCAUUGUAUCUGUUCCCGAAUGGAAAUGGAUGUCAAGAAGUGA